AUGUCGGAUGAUGAGCCUCUUAUAGAAGAGGCUUCUUCACAUGACAUAUUAAAAAAUAAUAAAUUACAUUCUGUUCCAGCAAAUAUUUUUAACGAAAAACAUGACGACACCAAUGAAACUUCUGAAAAAACUUCUGCUAAUCCAGAGAACGAAUUAGGAAUGAUUGAAACAUGGUCUAUGGACCAAGAUCAGCUAGAAAGGGAUUUCGUUGAAAAAGCUGAUAGAGCUAUUAUUGAGCGAGAAAAUGAACUUGAUCAAAAGCGCCUUGAUAAGACUAUUCUUAACAAGGAACACCAUUUACGACACAUCCAGCGCCUUGAAGAAAAGCUAUAUAACUCUAGGACUAAAAUCAGCGAAAAAGAAAAAAUUCGAAAAGACAUCGAUAAACUUGAAAAUGUUGAUAUAAAAGCUCUUGACAAUGAUAUUAAAGAUAUUCAACAACGCAUGAAGCAAAGAGAAAACACCUCGGCUGGCCAAACACAAAAUGCAGAUGGUCAAUCUGGAAGACAUACCGGAGAAAGUGAACAUGACUAUCUUGUAAGAACUGGCAAAAUAACUCCUUUUUCAUCAACAUUUAUGGGGAACCCAAAUCUUGAAAAUGUUAUCAACAAUACUACUGAGUCUGGAAUGACUCAUCAAAAACUUCGGCUUCCAGGGCUCGAGCUCGAACAGAUCUCGGAUGAUGAUGAGAGCGACGGUGGCUCAUUUACCGACAAAACUUUUCCUGCUAAGUCAAAACUGAAGAAAGGAAGGAAUAUAGAUGAUAAUGAUGAUUAUGAACCUAUUAGUUCUAGUAAUACCGAAGAUGAAGAUGAAGAUGAAAAUGAAAAUGAAAAUGAGAGUAAUUAUGAAUUAAGUGAUGUCGAGACAUCUUCAGUAAAAAAGCGAAAAGCCAAAGCACCUAGACCAAAAAAAAUCAAGCCUAAUUCGACUGAAUUAGAAAAAAUAGAAGAUCUAGAUGAUGGUGAUAUUAAUGUUUAUAAGAAGCGAUUAGCAAGUUGGGUAAACAAGCGACAGCGAUACAGAAAAAAGUUUAACCAGAAAAAAGGUAUAAUCGAGGAUACUGAUGAUACAAAACUAGAGUGGAUGAAGCCCCAUCCUUUGCACAAGGAUUUUAAUCUUGACGGCGAGUUCAAAGUUCCGGGUGAUAUUUACACAAGUUUAUUUGAUUACCAAAAAACUGGAGUUCAAUGGCAAUGGGAGCUUUACUGCCAAAAUGUGGGGGGUAUUAUUGGUGAUGAAAUGGGUUUAGGUAAAACUAUUCAAAUUGUUUCUUUCAUUGCUAGUCUUCAUUACAGUGGUUUGUUAACAAAACCUGCAAUCAUUGUGUGCCCAGCCACGGUUAUGAAACAAUGGGUAAACGAAUUUCACCGAUGGUGGCCACCUCUUCGAGUGGUUAUUUUACACUCAAUUGGAUCUGGUAUGGACUUAAAGAAGGAAGAAACUUUUGAAGAUUCUUUAGAGAAUUCAGAAAAUGGAUCAUUAAGCUUAAAUUCUCUUAGACGCAUGAAAGGGGCACAGGCAAUGGUUAAUAGUAUUGUCAAAGAUGGGCAUGUCAUAAUAACGACGUAUGUUGGCUUAAGAGUUUAUGGUAACUUAUUACAACCGCAAGAAUGGGGAUAUUGUGUACUUGAUGAAGGGCAUAAGAUUCGAAAUCCAAACUCUGAUAUUUCUUUAGCAGCAAAGGGUCUCAGAACGUCUCAUAGAAUCAUCCUUUCUGGAACACCAAUACAGAAUAAUCUCACUGAACUAUGGAGUCUUUUCGAUUUUGUUUUUCCGGGGAAACUAGGAACAUUACCUGUUUUUCAGUCAGAAUUUUCUCUUCCAAUUAACAUGGGUGGUUAUGCCAAUGCCACUAAUGUCCAAGUUCAAACCGCAUAUAAAUGUGCGGUCAUUCUUCGCGAUUUGAUAUCUCCCUAUCUUUUAAGAAGAAUGAAAGUUGACGUUGCAGCAGAUUUACCAAAGAAAACUGAAAAAGUUUUAUUUUGCAAGCUUACAAAAGUUCAAAAGGAUGCAUAUUUGGCAUUUUUAAAAUCUAAUGAGUUAAAAUCCAUUCUUGAAGGAAAACGGAAGGUUCUUUUUGGCAUUGAUAUUUUGAGAAAGAUUUGCAAUCACCCAGACUUAGCUGACCGAGAUAAACUUGCUAAUGACCCUGGAUACAAAUAUGGAGCUCCUGAGAAAUCUGGAAAGAUGCAAGUUAUUAAGGCUCUUGUAGAGCUUUGGAAAACUCAAGGCCAUCGGACUCUCCUUUUUUGCCAAACAAGACAAAUGAUGGAUCUUUUAAAUUCAUUUUUGAUAAAGUUAAAUAUCAAGUUUUUACGAAUGGACGGCACUACACCUAUAGCGCAGCGCCAAAAUCUUGUUGACACUUUUAAUGAAGACGAAUCAUACCACUUGUUUUUGUUGACCACUCGUGUUGGAGGUUUAGGUGUUAAUCUGACGGGUGCUGACCGAGUAAUUAUAUUUGAUCCUGAUUGGAAUCCAUCGACAGAUGUGCAGGCCAGAGAGAGAGCCUGGCGUCUUGGACAAAAGAAGGAAGUUUCGAUAUAUCGACUAAUGACAGCAGGAACCAUAGAGGAAAAGAUUUAUCACCGACAAAUUUUCAAGCAGUUUUUGACAAACAAAAUCUUGCAGGAUCCUAAACAGCGCAGGUUCUUUAAAAUGAAUGAUUUGCAUGAUCUUUUUACUCUGGACGAAUCUGAAGACCGUGAUACUGAAACAGGAAGAAUGUUUCUAGGAACAGAAAAACGGAUUGCUAAAUCAAGCAGUCCUCCAGAAGUCGAAUCAUCCAAAACAUCUUUACCUCCGAAACCAGCUCCUCAUAACGAUACCGAAAACGCUGAUGGCGAUGAUUUUAUGAAAGUAGCUAGCAUGAGUGGUGUGGCGGGGCUUGAAGAUUAUCAUAAUAAUGAAUCUGAAAAACAAGCAAACAUUGUCGAAGACGACGAUUCUAACAGCUCUAAAGAACCAAAUACUGAGGAUGAUCGGUUUAUGGAGGGUCUUUUGGCUAACUCUGGUGUUUAUAGUACUUUAAAGCAUGACUCGAUCAUGUCCGAAAAUCACCCAGAAAAAGUACUUGUAGACCGUGAAGCCUCGCGAAUGGCUAGGCAUGCAGCUGAGGCAUUGCGUGCUUCUCGCCGCAUUGCAAGAAAGGCCGAAAUUGGUGUCCCUACUUGGACAGGUAAAUUUGGGGAAGCUGGACGACAAAUAAGCAAUCGCCCAAGUCCGCAACCUGUAUCUAAAAUCGGUGCAGCCAUAAGUGAGAAUCCUGCUCAUCCAAAUGCUAUUACAUCUGCUAGUCGACGUGCCAAAGCAAUUCAGAAAAAUACAGGAAGUGUUGUUGAUACUGCUACAAACAUAUCUACGGGAAUUCGUGGCAGUAAAACCUCUCGAUCACUUCUUCAAGGUUUACGUCAAAAACGUGAUUUGGAGCGGGGACCGGGACUAAAUACAUCUCAAGUACCGGCUGCUUUAAUAACCAAAGAUGAUGAUGUGGAAAACGAUGGAUUAAAUAACAUUAAGCUUGUACGGAAGUUUCUAGCGCAGGCGCCCGGAAACUGCGCAACGUCACGGGACAUUAUCACCAACUGCGGAAUUGCCAUGUCUGGAGUCCAGGACGUUGCUAAUGUACGUGAGAUGCUCAAGCAAAUUGCAACUUGGAAUAAAGCAUCUGGAACAUGGACUCUAAAAUACGAGUUAAAUUGA